CCACCAGCCCACACACACAACGUCUGGCUGGUGUGCAGUGAAGACCAAGGAAAAUGAUAGUGGUUGUUGUCUUUGCAGUUACCAGCUUCUUCUUCUUCUUCUGCUCUAACUCUGCUUGCUUUUGAGAUCCAGACCCUCUCUCACAUUCCUCCUCUCUUUUCCAUAACUACCCUUUUCUUUCUCCUUCUUUUUCUAUCUUACCCUUCUCUCUCUCUCUCUCUCUCUCUCUCUCUCUCUCUCUCUCUCUCUUCCACUCCUUUCUUACAAUGAGAGUGAGAUUGCCUCUCUUCUAGUCUCAUCCCAUCUCUCUCCUUUUCUCUCUCGCUGUGUCCAUCGCUCGUUUCAUCUAUGGAAGCUGCUGAGGAUUGCUGCGUCAAGGUCGCUGUUCACAUCAGACCGCUCAUCGGCGAUGAACGGCUCCAGGGAUGUAAGGAUUGUGUUACCGUGAUCUCCGGAAAAAAGCCGCAGGUGCAAAUUGGCACACAUUCUUUUACUUUUGAUCAUGUCUACGGAAGUAGUGGUUCUCCAUCUUCAGCAAUGUUUGAAGAAUGCGUUGCUCCCCUCGUUGAUGGUUUGUUUCAAGGAUAUAAUGCCACUGUUCUUGCAUAUGGUCAGACUGGCUCGGGAAAGACAUAUACUAUGGGCACUAGCUGUAGAGAUGGUUGCCAAACAGGACUUAUUCCCCAAGUUGUGAACACAUUAUUCAGCAAGAUUGAAAUCUUGAAGCAUCAAGCGGAGUUCCAAUUACAUGUUUCAUUCAUAGAGAUUCUGAAAGAAGAAGUGCGAGACUUGCUGGAUCCGACAUCUAUGGGCAAAUCAGAGACAGCCAAUGGACAUGCUGGGAAGGUUACAGUCCCUGGGAAACCACCGAUACAAAUCCGUGAGACAUCAAAUGGAGUUAUAACACUUGCAGGAUCUACUGAAAUUGAUGUUCGUACACAAAAGGAAAUGUCUGCUUGCCUGGAACAAGGAUCACUGAAUCGUGCAACUGGAAGUACAAACAUGAACAACCAAUCAAGUCGGUCGCAUGCCAUCUUCACCAUCACAUUGCAGCAGAUGCGCAAAGUAGAUCCAGUUUCUUCUGGUGAUGGCAGCCCAAUUGAGGACAUGAGUGAUGAUUAUCUAUGUGCAAAACUCCACUUGGUAGAUCUUGCUGGAUCUGAGCGAGCUAAAAGGACAGGUUCUGACGGCCUUCGUUUCAAGGAAGGAGUUCACAUUAACAAGGGGCUUUUGGCACUUGGUAAUGUCAUAAGUGCACUUGGGGAUGAGAAAAAGAGGAAAGAAGGUGUUCAUGUUCCUUACCGAGAUAGCAAACUUACUCGGCUCUUGCAGGACUCACUGGGUGGAAACAGCAGAACUGUUAUGAUAGCCUGUAUCAGCCCAGCGGAUAUUAAUGCCGAAGAAACACUUAACACUCUCAAAUAUGCCAAUCGGGCUCGUAAUAUUCAGAACAAACCUAUUGUGAACAGAGAUCCAAUAUCAAAUGAGAUGCAUCGGAUGCGUCAGCAACUUGAAUACUUACAGGCGGAGCUACUUUGUGCCCGUGGAGGAGUUUCAUCUGAUGAAGUACAGGUUCUCAAAGAAAGGGUUUCUUGGCUGGAAGCAACUAACGAAGAUCUUUGCAGGGAGCUUCAUGAAUACCGCAGCAGAUGUCCUCCGCUUGAGAACUCUGGAGCAGAUACCCAGGAAGGCGGUCCCUGUUUUGUUAAAGCUGAAGGUCUAAAGAGGGGCCUGCAGAAUAUGGACUCACCCGAUUAUCAAAUGGGUGGAACCAUCACUUCAGGUGACAAUUCCAAGGAAAUUGAUGAAGAAGUAGCGAAAGAGUGGGAGCAUACGAUAUUGCAAAACAACAUGGACAGGGAGUUGAAUGAAUUAAAUAGACGUCUUGAGCAGAAAGAGUCAGAGAUGAAAUUGUUUGGAGGGUUUGACACCAUCGCGCUGAAGCAGCAUUUUGGGAAAAAACUCAUGGAGCUUGAGGAUGAGAAAAGGAUAGUGCAGCAAGAGAGGGACCGGUUAUUAGCUGAAGUUGAAAGCCUUGCUGCCACUGAUGGGCAAACACAGAAAAUGCAAGACAUUCACUCACAGAAAUUAAAGACCCUGGAAGCACAGAUUUUGGACCUGAAGAAGAAGCAGGAAAGCCAGGUUCAGCUUUUAAAGCAAAAGCAAAGAAGUGAUGAGGCAGCAAAACGUCUGCAAGAUGAAAUACAGUCUAUCAAGGCACAAAAGGUCCAAUUGCAACACAAGAUAAAGCAAGAGGCAGAGCAAUUUCGGCAGUGGAAGGCUUCUCGUGAAAAGGAACUGUUGCAGCUACGGAAGGAAGGAAGGAGGAAUGAAUAUGAGCGGCAUAAACUGCAAGCUUUGAAUCAGCGUCAGAAAAUGGUCCUUCAGAGGAAGACAGAAGAGGCUGCCAUGGCCACAAAGAGGUUGAAAGAAUUGCUAGAAGCUCGCAAGUCUUCAGCCCGUGAAAACUCAGUCACUGCAAAUGGGAAUUCUCCAAAUGGCCAGAGCAAUGAAAAAUCCUUACAGAAGUGGCUUGAUCAUGAACUGGAGGUCAUGGUGAAUGUCCACGAAGUCCGCAGCGAAUAUGAGAAACAAAGUCAAGUACGAGCUGCAUUAGCAGAAGAGCUAGCAAUAUUGAUGCAAGGAGAUGAGUCGGUCUCUAAGGGGCUUAUUUCACCAAGAGGAAAGAAUGGAAGCUCUAGAACGCCCACCUUGUCACCAGAUGCCAGAAUGGCAAGAAUUGCAUCACUUGAAAACAUGCUGAGCAUUUCUUCAAAUAUGCUCGUAGCGAUGGCAUCACAACUGUCUGAAGCAGAGGAGCGGGAGCGUGCGUUUACUGGGCGAGGAAGAUGGAAUCAGUUGCGCUCAAUGGCAGAUGCAAAAAGCUUGCUUCAGUACAUGUUUAAUGUUGCUGCAGAAGCAAGAUGCCAGAUAUGGGAAAAGGAAAUUGAGAUGAAGGAGCUUAAAGAGCAAAUGAAUGAACUUGUUGGUCUACUGCGACACAGCGAAGCACGUAGAAAAGAAAUUGAGAAGCAGCAGAAGCUGAGGGAGCAAGCUGUUGCGAUUGCCUUGGCCACUUCAGCUUCGGGGAAUUCGCAUGGUUCGUUGAAACAUUGUGCUGAUGACAGUAAUGGGCCGUUGUCUCCAAUGCCCAUACCGGCACAGAAGCAGCUCAAAUAUACGGCUGGCAUUGCGAAUGGCUCAGUUAGAGGAACUGCAGCCUUCCCUAAUCAGACACGAAAGAUGAUACCCAUCGACCAGUUAUCAAUGGGGAAGAAGUUGGCUGUUGUUGGGCAGGCAGGGAAGCUCUGGAGAUGGAAGAGGAGCCAUCAUCAGUGGCUGCUGCAAUUCAAGUGGAAGUGGCAAAAACCAUGGAGACUCUCAGAAUGGAUCAGGCACAGCGAUGAGACAAUCAUGAAGGCGAGGCCGAGGCCACGGCCACAGCCUCUGGCAGACAUGAUGUGAUCUCAACAGAGUUGUCAGAUAUUCAGCUUCGACUCCACAUGACACUUACUCUUGGCAAAGAAGGAAGCAAAGAACUGAAUGCAAACAUGUCGUAAAGUGGGUGGUGGAACGAAUAUUGUUCUGUCUUGGCUGAGAUUCGCGAAUGUGGAGUUGGAUAAGUUCGCUUUUGUGUAUUUGGCUUGAAUGGUGAUUGGAAGCAUAUUGUAAAGAGAUGUUGAUGCUGCCGAUGAUGGGUUCACCAAAGUAGGUUGUUCGAAAUGGUUAGGAAGGUUCACGAUCCAAAAGGAGAUCGCAGGUGUGAGAGGUAUUCUAUUGUUUUGGAUUUUCUUUCUUUCUACAUAUAUUUUUUUUUCAACAAAGUACCAAGAAAGAGGACGUACUCGGUGUGUUUGCCAUUUGUACGUUGCUAAGGUCCUCUGUAAUCCGCUUCUUUAUAUGGUUAUUUGUAAGACUUGGUUAAUGCCAAUUGUAUUGUUGCAAUUAUUGAUUUACCUUGGAAGAAAUUACGCCAUCUAUCAUUCUUGUA